AUGACUAAUCUCUUGGAACAAUUUGACGAGCUUACUAGAGCAGGUCGCAUUGAGGAGUCUGCUAUAACGGCGGUUUUCGACCAGCUGAAACCCAUCUCAGCCGAGUUUAUGCUGGGUAAAUGGGACGGCUUCCCCAUUGACACUGGCCAUCCAUCACUUAAUCAACUCGGAACGUUCAAAUGGGCGGGAAAGGAGUUCAGAUCACUAGAUGAUGUGGACCCUGUCCUUGUUUGGGGCAAAGAUGGCGAAAAGAUUUACCACUCUGAGUCUGGUCACGCUCAAGAAGGCGGUGGAACAAACCGAGCAGAACCUCGUUAUAGCCCCAAGCGACUUUUGGAAGAGGUGCUCUCGUCUAAGGUCGACGGGAUUGUUGCCUCGAAAAAGAAAUCUUACGAGACCAGUGCGACGACAAUCGUCAUGUCGGUUCCCAAUGAUCGAUCCGAAGACAAGAUCACAAAGCAUUUUCAAGGGCAACAGAUUGAUUGGCCCGUUGUGGACAGGCAACUACAAGGAUGGAGCCAGCUUCUCCGCGCUGGCAAGCGUUUGAAGGUUUAUGUGCAGCUGGACCAUGAGGAGAGUCUGUCUACGGGCCGGCCCGCUGGACGAGGCGCUACCGCGAUGGGCCUUGCAGAGCGGAGUGCACGGAUGGAUGCCGAGCAGGAGGCUGCUGGCGAGAUUGACCCGUGGAGGCGGGUCUAUCGGCUCAUGAGAUGCCCGGGUGCCCCGUGCGACAACGGACAGUGGUGCUGGCAGGAUCGCGCCCGAAAGAUGCACCACAAACUGCUUGAUCAUCACAUGAGAGAUCUUGUCCGGUGGGUACAGCAAGGCCAUAGCUUGGAUACCCAUGACGAUGUCCCGGAGGAGAUCCGGGCGCAACUGUAUGCCCAGGAACAACAGGGUCGCAAGCGCAAGCGGCAGCAUUCGGGUUCAGACUCUGCUGGCCACGUCCCUGUAAUCAUCCAUAACCAUAUUCCAGACUAUGUGGCAGCGUCGGACAGAGCGUCACCAGAUCUCGGCAGCCCAGUCAGUCCGCCUUCCCGUCCGCUCCCCCUUUGCGUGACUGGGCUGAGGGACGACGCUGUCGAGGCAUACUACAAAUGGCAUUGCUCUAAAGUAAGAAGCCUUACGCAGAAACGAUACUUCGAGCUUGCAUACAACCUGACGCUCGAGAGGGGGCUGGAUCUCGAGCUUGUUCAUGAGGACAACGAUGCUCAGUCUUUUAUUGAGCAGGGCGUGCUGGAAGGUGUGGCUCGCCGAUGGGUGCGUGAUUUUCAGGUCUAUCUCGAACAUGAACACAGCAUCCUAGAAGCAUGA